AGAAAAUACAGGCCAAGAACAGAAGAGUCGGGGAAGGUUGCAACCACAGGAUUUAAAGAAGUUUUCUUGUGUGUUUGCAUUAAAGUUGCAAGUUGCGACGAAUCGUUGUCUAUCCCCGCGGCAUAUUAGACUGUGUUCAUCAGUUUUUGACAUUGAUGGAUCUCAUGCUUUCUCACCUAACAUAACAAUAAAUACAUUUCCGUUAUUGUUUUUCUAAUCUUCUUCUAGUUUAUGCUGCUGAGCUACGUGCUCUUCAUCGCGAAUUGCAUCACGCCCUAAUCUUCCCCUUCAGUUCAAUUUAAAUCAAGCCCGCCCUUCCGUUUUCACGCUUCUGGCAAGCUCCGAUGAGGUCACCAUCUUUCAGGAGGCCGUUCUCAAAGAAUGAACUGGGAAGUUGGUCAACACUCAUGGAGAGGCACCGGUUCCUCUUGUCAGCUCUUGUUCUACUAGUUCUCCUUUGUAGUGUUUAUCUUUACUUUGCUGUCACAUUAGGAGCCAGUGACAUUUGCUCUGGGUUGACAGGACCUGAGAAAGCUUCAUGUCAUAUGCAGCAUCUUAAGGCUUCUGUUGCCAAGGGUAAACUGAAACAUCUUUGACAUUUGUGAUUUGAAUAUUAUUUUUGGUGGAGAUUGUGUUAGGUGACAUGAAAUGGAAACAUACUCAGGUAUAAUCA